CCGACUUCCCACACCACCCGCAAAUAUGCCUGGAACACGAGGCCCAGUGCCGGUCCCGCUCGAGGCCAAGGGCCAAAACCUCACGCAGGAAAUCCUCGACCUCCUCGACACAAAGGAGCCCCUCCAGACCAAUGAAGACUUCCCCGCAGUUACCCAGGCUGAAAUCAAGGCCGCCCUCGACAGGCUAGCGAGCCGCUCCAUGGUCGAAUACAAGUCGCUCGACUCGGAAAAGGUCGUCCUGACGCCAGAGUCAGAGGGCAUAGUCGCAGAGGGAAGCCACGAGUUCAAGGUCUGGAAGUUGGUCAAAGAGAGGGGUAGCGUACCAAUUGCGGAACUUCCGACUAUCUUUGGAAAGGAAGUCGCCAGCGUGGGCCAGGGCAAUGGCUUCAAGAACAAGUGGAUCAAGAAAGACGGAGACAACCUAGUCCUCAUUCAGACCGAAGAGCCCAAGGACCUCAACCGCGAACUCCUACAAGGCAUCAAGGACAGCCAAUCGCUCGAAGACGCUAAACUCCUUGCUCAGCUGAAGAAGAAGAAGCUUGUGACUGUUACCAAGGUUAUCACAUACACCGUCACCAAGGGCCCAAAGUACGCAAAGGAGAUACCCGUAGAGCAUACCGACUUGACCGUCGAGCUCCUUGCAAACGAUGCGUGGAAGACUGCAAACUUCAAGCCCUACAACUUUGCCGCGCUCGGAGCAAACCAAGAUGCUGGCGCGCUACAUCCUCUCAACAAGGUCCGACAAGAGUUCCGGAACAUCUUCUUCUCACAAGGUUUCGUCGAGAUGCCUACAGGACACUACGUCGACACUGGCUUCUGGAACUUCGACGCCCUCUUCGUACCGCAACAACACCCCGCCCGUGACAUGCAAGAUACCUUUUUCGUCUCAUAUCCACCAAAAGCCGACAAACCGCGGUUAGACGAGGCAAAUGAGGCGACCAUGGAACGUAUGGAGGCGGGAUCAAAACGUCUCUUUUCUACUCCAGAGAGCGAAAAGAGGGAAAAGAAGCCACGAGACUUUGAAAAGUACUGGCAAGAUGUCAGGAAGGUACACCAAGAAGGCGCUUUUGGCUCAAUAGGAUACCGAUACCCUUGGGAAGAAGACGAAUCCCUCCGCCUCGUUCUCCGCACCCACACCACUGCGGUUUCGACAUGGGCUCUCCACCGCUUGGCCGAAGACCCCCGCCCUGCGCGCUACUUCUCCAUCGACCGCGUCUUCCGCAAUGAAACCGUCGAUGCUACACAUUUGGCCGAGUUCCACCAAAUUGAAGGCGUCAUUGCUGACUUUGGCCUUACGCUUGGAGGUCUCCAGCGCUUCCUCGAAGACUUUUUCGCCAACAUGGGCAUCUCUAACCUGCGCUUCAAGCCUGCCUACAACCCCUACACCGAGCCUUCGAUGGAGAUUUUCGGUUUCCACACUGGCCUGAAAAAGUGGCUCGAGAUUGGCAACUCUGGCAUGUUUAGGCCUGAGAUGUUGGAGCCCAUGGGCCUUCCCAAGGACAUGCGCGUGUACGGAUUUGGGCUUUCGCUUGAGAGGCCGACCAUGAUGAAGUAUGCAGUGAGCAACAUCAGGGAGUUGUUGGGUCACAAAGUCGACUUGAGCUGGAUUCGGGAGCAGCCGGCCGUGCGCUUUGACAAGGAAUAAAGUUGCAGUGGUUAGGCGGGAUAAGAUGAUGACAUGGGGUUUGGGCAUGACCGUUACGACAGGGAUCAUGCAGCCGUGGAAAUGAUAUCCAAAAUAAAUGGCGUCAAGCGUCUGUGAAAAGUAUACAAUUUU